AUGAAGAAUCCGUACGAUAUGAAUCAAGCUGAAAUCAUCUGUGCACUCGCUCUCGAACUGAUGACAGCUUCACGGUCAGUCAUCAACCCAUUGACGAAACAACCAUUUCGAAUGAAGUUCGGUUUUCACUCGGGUCCAGCUGUUGGUGGAAUUGUUGGCAAUCGCAACUACCAAUACUGCCUCUUCGGCGACACAAUUAAUACGGCUAGUCGAGUAACAACAUCCAGUGAAUCUGGAAAGAUUCACUUCAGUGCUACUUCUUACGAACUCUUGAAAGAUUCUGUCUGCUUUGAAACAGCGUAUCGAGGAAAAACUGAAAUGAAGGGUAAAGGUUCUAUGGACACUUACUGGCUUCUCGGUCCGACUGAAACCUACCUUUCACUCCUCGAAGCUACACGUACUCGAAAUGUCCCAUCUGUUAAUCUUCUAAAUGGAAACAAGGAAGAGCCACUUUUACUAGCACCAAGUAUUCCCACAUCUCCAACUCUCAAAGUGUCCAAAGUAACGUUCAACAAUGGCGAUCUUAUUGAUCCAAUGUCAUCACUGACUCGAACAAGUUCUCUAACGAAGAACAAUGUCCUUAACAAGAUGAAGGAGAAAAAGUUGUCGUGUCCAUUCAGUGGAGCUCAACUCUUAUAG